AUGCAUGCUUACAUUGCCUCUCAUAAAAUCAAACAGGUGACAAAUGCAGUGGACCAUGUACAAUCAGGGACAGAUGCUCUACAAACUGCAAAGAGCUUGCAAAAGAAGUCAAGGAAAUGCAUGAUGAUUUCCAUAAUCUUGGUCUUGAUUAUUGCACUCAUCAUUGUGCUCUCCAUUCUGAAGCCAUGGAAAAAGUGA